GCUUUGACCGCGCUGUGGUUGUUCAGUCUCCACAAACAAAACACCAAAAAAACCCCAGCCCUAUUAGGGCUUUAUAAAACAAGCACUGGAAAGCAAACAGGACAUUCAUUGACUUUAAUGGGAUGAACUGAUCAACCAUAUCUAAUAGAAAUCAUUGCCCCUGGCCAAAGCUGCUGUGGGAUUAAAUUACACGUGGGACACAAAGCUUUUACUGCUUCUUAGAAAACAGUAAUUCAAUAUGUCUAGAGAAGAGAAGAAACAGAUAAGUCCAAAUUAAAACAUUAAAAAAGUUUCCCUGCAUGUUAAAUUCAAGUGCUUAUUAGAACCCGUAGGAGAAGGUGAAGUUAUAUUGCACAACAAAAAUGUCAAAACUCUAAAAUCACACAUAGACAGAAAUACAUCAUCUUACAUUAUUUCUCUAAUGUAAAACUCCAAAAAGUCUUUGAAGUGGAAGUUUUUAUUCAUAUUUUUUCCCACUUGAAAACAAAGUAAAGUUAGCCUCAAAUGCUUCUUUUAAACCGCCUGGAUCAUGCGCAGUCGUAAGCUGAAAGUUUAUUACUUGGCGGUCAUGCAACACUAACAUUCAACAGAAGAAACGAAAAUCUCCAAUUAUAAAAUAUCACGUGGAAGAGAGAGAGAAAACAGAUUUCAAAGCUCGCAUUUUUUUUUUUUUUUUAUCGUCUCAGCUUGAGAAGGCGAGUCUCAAAGUUCCUUCAGAAUGGGCAGUCUUCCCUCAGACGCAUCCGGAGCGCAGCAGCAUCGGGUCAUGGAGAGGUGUCCUUAGUUUUAUCAACCGAUGAACACGGAGGUGUCACCUGUAGUUACGGUGGGGAACAGUCCCUUGUUGCUGUUUUUGCAAAGCGCAUCAACUCAGAAAGCCAGCUCUACCAGGACCCACAGGGAGCUCUGAGACCAUCGCACUGGCGAGGGCUUCGUACAUUCAUCGCGGAGAAGAUGAACAUCCAGAUCCUGCCAGAGCACAAACUGUCAUCGGUCGCACCGCUGAAACAGUGCGAUGUGGAGAAAAAAGAGGUCGAACUGAUACUGGUCAAGGACCAGAAUGGUGUCCAGUACACCAGCUCCUCCAUUAUUUCCACCCCUGGGAACCGCGUAGGUUUGCCCGGAGCGUCUCCUGAGGGCGACCGAGAAACUUGGGGCAAGAAAAUAGACUUUCUCUUGUCCGUUAUUGGCUUCGCUGUGGACUUGGCCAAUGUUUGGAGAUUUCCAUACUUGUGCUACAAAAACGGAGGAGGUGCCUUUUUAAUCCCAUAUACUCUUUUCCUGGUCAUUGCUGGGAUGCCACUGUUCUACAUGGAACUUGCCUUGGGCCAAUACAACAGGGAGGGAGCAGCUACAGUUUGGAAAAUAUGCCCAAUCUUUAAAGGUGUGGGCUACACUGUGAUUGUCAUAGCCUUGUAUGUUGGCUUUUACUACAACGUCAUCAUUGCCUGGUCACUCCACUACCUGUUCUCCUCCAUGACACGUGAGCUCCCAUGGCUCAAAUGUCACAAUGCCUGGAACAGCGCAAACUGCACUGACCCUGAACACAUCAAUGGGUCUGUCCUCGGCAAUGGCACCUAUGCCAAGUACAAGAUCACCCCAGCAGCUGAGUACUACGAACGGGGUGUGUUGCAUCUCCAUGAAAGUAAAGGUAUUCAGGACCUGGGCUUGCCUCGGUGGGACUUAACGCUGUGCUUGGUUGUGGUUGUAUUUAUCCUCUACUUCAGCUUGUGGAAAGGUGUCAAGUCUUCAGGGAAGGUCGUGUACAUCACAGCGACUAUGCCGUAUAUUGUCCUGUUUGUGUUGCUCAUCAGAGGCAUAACUCUACCAGGGUCCAUGGAGGGGAUCAAAGCUUACCUCAACAUUGAUUUCAACCGACUAAACAACCUAGAGGUGUGGAUCGAUGCUGCUACACAAAUAUUCUACUCACUGGGAGCAGGCUUUGGUGUCCUCAUUGCGUUUUCCAGCUAUAACAAGUUUAACAACAACUGCUACAGGGAUGCUCUCUUGACCAGCACAGUGAAUUGCGUCACUAGUUUCUUCUCAGGGUUUGCAAUAUUCUCUGUUCUUGGAUACAUGGCCCAAAAGCAUAAUGUGAGAGUGCAAGAUGUAGCAACAGAAGGGGCAGGUUUGGUGUUUAUCAUCUAUCCAGAGGCAAUUGCAACACUACCUGGCUCAACAUUUUGGGCUAUUGUGUUUUUCAUCAUGCUGCUGACUUUGGGCAUUGAUAGCUCGAUGGGCGGCAUGGAGGCGGUCAUCACAGGCCUGACAGAUGACUUCAAGAUUCUUAAGAGAAACAGAAAGCUCUUUACAUUCGCCACAGCUUUUGGAACCUUCCUUGUUGCCCUAUUUUGCGUUACUAAUGGUGGGAUCUAUGUUCUGACAUUGUUAGAUAAGUAUGCAGCAGGGACUGCCAUACUUUUUGGUGUGCUGAUUGAGGCCAUUGGAGUGGCAUGGUUUUAUGGUGUGGACCGCUUUAGUGAAGAUAUUGAGCGAAUGAUGGGCUUCAAGCCAGGGCUUUACUGGAGGCUGUGCUGGAAAUUUGUCAGCCCAGCUUUUCUUCUGUUUGUUGUCAUAGCCAGUACGUUGACGUCAGGAGGUCUGAAAUAUGAUGACUACACCUUCCCUUACUGGGCCAACAUUUUGGGCUGGGGAGUAGCCAUGUCAUCCAUGCUGUUUGUUCCCUUUUACGCCAUCUACAAAUUCUUCAGUGUACCUGGAACUUUGAAAGAGAAAAUAGCCUACUGCAUCACUCCAGAACAUGAACAUCACUUGGUAGCCAAUGGAAAUGUGCGGCAAUUCACACUCAGACACUGGCUGGCCAUUUGAUCACAAAUACCCAGAACUCCAUCAUCCAUCAUUUGGAUUUCCUGUGUGCCACCAGUGGUUGGACUAAAACGGGGAGCAGUCGGCUCCAGUAUCUAUCAGCAGCUUCUUUCUUCUCCCCAUGCAUUUACCACACAAUGCCUUCAAGGGUUUCAAGCACUUUGAUUUCAGGGUUAAGCCUGUUAGCAUUCUGAAAGAUUUCUACCACUACAGGUUUUGAAGUAGGGGUAGCCACUGGGAUAAUUAACCAUUAUCAAUGUUAAGAUUUGAUACAUAGUCCUAAUUAAUCAUAGCUUUCUCUGCCGUUAUGCACAAACUUAAAUCUUAGUAUUACUUCUCGGAAAGGGCACAAAUGACAGUUUGGCAUCAAACAAUCUAAUCAUCCCUUUGUAUUACUACAAAGGGAGCCAUGAUUUUCUGUUUGUGUCUGGUUACUCACUACUAAUUCACUAUAGUAAGAAACAUUUUCUUUUUUCCAUUCUUUUAGAAUAGAGGCUGAACUCUCAGUGCCUUAUUAAGUGAGACACUCCAUGUUUUCUACAGUCUGUCCACAAACAAAAAGAGUCAACUGUGUUAACUCAGGAACACACAGAAAUCAUAACAGUUUGUUAAUAGUAACUUCUUGGUUUUGACUUGGCUGUUUGACAUUGACAUCGAGGAGCUGCAUCAAGUUUAACCUAAUUAGGAAAGGAAACAAAAACAAGACAGAAAAAAUGUAUGCGUUAGAGUGAAAAAGGGAAUAAUAGAUGCACCAGACCAAAGACUGUGUGGAACCAUUGCAGACUUUAGGGAUUAUUGGGAACUAAAAACAAUCUUAGUACCAAGUCUUUGUCUCGAAGAUUAAGCUGGGACUUUGUCAGUGCCUAGCUGAUAACUUAGGGUGCAGGAGGAAAAUUCACCAAAACAAAUGGAAUUCCUUUUACUGAUAGUUUUGUAUUAUGAAACUUGGGCUUUUUAUUAUUCUUUGUCUUUUAUGUGCAACUGUAAGGACUAUGUGUGACUUAAUCUCCAACUGAACAAUGAGAGAAAGUAGAAAUACAGAGUGUUGAAGAGAAAAAAACAAGAGAGUGCAUGUGUAUUAUGACUGUUGACAUUUUUUUACUCUUUAAUGGUUUGCUCUGGUGAAGCGUACAUAAAAUAGAGAACUGAAAACUUAAAAAACGCCGCUCUCUACUAUGUAUUAGAUUUCAUGAUAAUUGCGUAGCAGCAACUUUCAUGUUUUUAUUUGAAACAUAUAAACUUUUGUAUUUUUCAUCACUAUUAAAGUGCCAACAACUUAUUUUUGAAGUCAUAUUCUUGUAUUGAUUUGAUUCUUCUGCUUCUUUUUUAACUAUGGGAAUGAAGUGAAAUUUUACGUUGAUGAGAAAAUAUUAUAACUAAAAAGGAAUUAAGCCACACAAAAAAGCAAAUGUAUGUGGAGUAUAUGAGAAUACAUAGAUAUAUAAAUAUAUUCUUUUGUUAUAUCUAAUCUUGUAUUUAUCAACUUGUUUAUAGCAAAUUGUGAAAGUAAAGUAUUUUAAAUGUAACUGUCUAUAGUCCUAACAUGUUGUUUGAUGUAUAACUGAGAGGAACUAUUUAGAAAAAAAAAAGAUAUUCUUCAGUGUACACUGGGCUACUUUGUCUAAUGAAUGUGAUCAAAUACACCCUGGAUCUCCUGGACCAUGUUUACAGAACUGUUGUGUACAAUACCUAUGUCCGGUUGAACGUGAGUGACAACUGUCUAUGAAGAAGUCUAAAGUAUUCACAAUAUAAAAAUAAAAAAAAAUAUUCUACACACUUGAA